AUGGGUCGCGCGUUUACGAGCAGUCGUGGCGCCAAGCGGACUGGCGGCGGAACCGGAGCUCCGACGGGAUUAGCUGGGAAAGAGAGGGGAGAAGAAUGCGCGUUAGAAGAGAUUCUCUAUGCUGCGUUCACGGCUGAUGGCAGCCACGUGGCAGUGGCCACGUCAGCAGGUUUCAAGAUAUUCCUCUGUGCUGACGUGGCGCAGCCCGUCGUGACCCACCUGGGCGUGGGCCCGAUAAAGAUUGUGGAGCUCACUCUCAUUGCGCCACGUGGCGCAACGCCAUUGGUUGCAUUUGUUGGCACGGGAGACAUGGUAGUGCUCUUUUCCGUCCUUCCCUUCAAGCAGUGGCAUUGCAUGGCGGUUCCGUCAUCCCUCGCUGACUUUUGA